GGCCUCGAGCCCCCCCGAGCCCCUUCCGCUGCAGAGGAAUAACUUCCGCGAGGAUUGCCGUGCUUCUUGGGCUCCGGGCUCCGAGGGGGAGCUUCUUGCCUUUGGGAAGUCGCGCGGGGUGUUUUUGUUUCCGAUUUGCAGCCGAACGACAUCCCUGCCAGCGACCCUCUGCUUGACCUUUCCACUCGAAAAAACAAACAAACUCACCCCCCUUGCCCCAGACACAACAAAACAAAAAGCGAUCCCAGGGAGUUUAGCUUAAGGUGACCUGAAAGCAAAACAAAACAAAAGCCUCGAGCUCCGUGGAUCGGCUGCCCAGAUGGAAAUACACUGUAAGCACGACCCGUUUGCAGCGAUGCAUAGACAUGGAGGAGUGAAUCAGUUAGGGGGUGUUUUUGUGAAUGGUCGACCACUCCCUGACGUAGUCCGCCAAAGGAUUGUGGAACUUGCCCAUCAAGGUGUCAGACCCUGCGACAUUUCCAGGCAACUACGGGUCAGCCAUGGCUGUGUCAGCAAAAUUCUUGGCAGGUACUAUGAGACUGGAAGCAUUAAGCCUGGAGUUAUUGGGGGGUCAAAACCAAAGGUCGCCACACCCAAAGUAGUAGAAAAGAUUGCAGAAUAUAAACGCCAAAACCCCACCAUGUUUGCCUGGGAGAUCAGGGACAGGCUUUUAGCAGAGCGAGUAUGUGACAACGACACAGUACCCAGCGUUAGCUCAAUUAACAGCCAUUUGUCUAUAUGCAGGAUUAUACGGACAAAGGUACAGCAACCACCCAACCAGCAAGUCCCAGCCUCCAGUCACAGCAUAGCUUCCACGGGUUCCGUGACACAAGUGUCCUCAGUAAGCACAGACUCAGCAGGCUCCUCCUACUCCAUUAGUGGAAUUCUGGGAAUUACCUCUCCCAGUGCUGAAAGCAACAAACGUAAAAGAGAUGAAGGCAUUCAGGAGUCUCCAGUACCAAAUGGCCAUUCUCUUCCGGGUAGAGACUUCCUCCGGAAACAAAUGCGGGGAGAUCUUUUCACCCAGCAGCAGCUAGAAGUGUUGGAUCGAGUCUUUGAAAGACAGCAUUAUUCUGAUAUCUUCACAACAACUGAACCCAUCAAACCAGAGCAGUGGUGCUCCAUGCUGAUGAGACAAUACUUGGUGCAACCCCAGGCAGUCAUUUUUCAGUCAACAGAAUACUCAGCCAUGGCAUCACUAACUGGUGGAUUAGAUGAUAUGAAGGCUAAUUUAACAAGCCCUACUUCAGCAGAUAUAGGAGCCAGUGUUCCAGGUCCACAAUCAUAUCCUAUUGUGACAGGUCGUGAUUUGGCAAGCACAACCCUCCCUGGAUACCCUCCGCACGUCCCCCCUGCUGGACAGGGCAGCUACUCUGCUCCAACGCUGACAGGGAUGGUGCCUGGGAGUGAGUUUUCUGGAAGUCCAUAUAGCCAUCCACAGUAUUCCACAUACAAUGAUUCCUGGAGAUUUCCUAAUCCCGGAUUGCUAGGCUCUCCUUACUAUUACAGUGCUGCGGCCCGGGGAGCAGCACCUCCAGCAGCCGCUGCUGCUUAUGAUCGCCACUGACACAUGGAACCAAGAAGCACUUAUUAAACACAUUAUGCCGGAUGACACAACUGGAACCACCUAGCAUGUAACUGCAGAAAUCAGACUACAAGGAUGGAUAAGAGAAAAUAACCCGCAUGAACCCAUGCAACAAUUGGAAUGUUAUUCUUUCAGCUAGGUGAACCACUUAUUACUGUUUUUAAUCAUUGAAAUUCUAGUGACCUUAA